AUGGACACUGAUACAGGAAAAGCAGGAGCACAAGGGCCAGGAAGCACAACUACUGCUGGUGUUCAGACAAAUACUGUAUCUCCAGGAAUCAGUGAGCAAGAAGCUAAAGGACAAACUAGUAGUAGAAGUACUGAGACGGAAGAAAAGGAGCCAGUAAGUGGUGGCGCUGGAGGUAGUCCUGGAACUACAGGAAUGGGUGAUGCUGAACACAAUCCUAGUAGUUCAGGAGAUAGUAAAAAACCAGGAAGUAGUGACCCUGGAAAAGAAGGAACAAACGUUGAACAAAAUUCAGGAACAGGAAGUAGUUCAUCAAAAGACGCUGGUGUAGGAGGGAAUAGUAAAGAAGAAAAAACAGAAUCAAGAAAUGAUGAAAAAGGACAGAAUGAUUCAAAAAACAGUGGAGGAUCUCCAAGCAGUGGAGCAAAUGAUAAAGGAAAUAGUGAAACCCAAACAGGAAGCGGUGAAACAGCAAAUACAGAAAAUGGAGGAAAAGGGAGUGAAGGUCAAGGGGAAAAUAAUGGAGCAGGUAGCUCUGGUAUAACAGGAAAUACAGGAGGUGAUGAUCCAAGUAAAACAACAGAAAAGGAAAAGAACGGAGAAGGAGCUGAUAAUAAAAUUGAUAAAGGAAGUACCGGAACAGAUGGAGUAGAAAAUGGUAAUAAAGGAACUUCGGACACAGGUAAUUCUGAUACAACAGGUAAAAAUGAAGAACCUAAAGAUGAAAAUACUAAAAAGGAUAAAUCAAAUGAACAACAAGGAAAAGAUGAGAACAAUGAAAAAAGUAAACAAAAUCAACCAAACACAAAGGAAGAAUCAAAAGAACAAAAUGGAGAUAAACAACAAACAGGAAAUGAUGAGAAAGAUAAAUAUAAUAAAACAAAUAUUACUUCUGAAAGUUCAGAAAAUGAACUAAGUAAUGAAUCAAAUUCACAUAAUAAUCUUGAUGGAUCAUCAUGUCUAUUAAUUACCUUCUUUGUUACAAUGAUAUCACUAUUCAUUUAA